CGUUCCCCCCCUUCCAGUCCGGACACUUUCCCCCCCCUUCCUGUCCGGACACUUUCCCCCCUUCCAGUCCGGACGCUUUCACCCCCUUCCAGUCCGGACACUUUCCCCCCCCCUUCCAGUCCGGACACUUUCACCCCCUUCCAGUCCGGACACUUUCCCCCCCUUCCAGUCCGGACACUUUCACCCCCUUCCAGUCCAGACACUUUCCCCCCCUUCCAGUCCGGACACUUUCCCCCCUUCCAGUCCGGACACUUUCCCCCCUUCCAGUCCGGACACUUUCUCCCCUUCCAGUCCGGACACUUUCCCCCCCCCCCCCUCCAGUCCGGACACUUUCCCCCCCUUCCAGUCCGGACACUUUCACCCCCUUCC